AUGGCUCCUAAGAAGCAAGAAUCUUUCGCCCCUGGUGACGCCGCCAAGGGUGCCAAGCUCUUCCAGACCCGUUGCGCCCAGUGCCACACCACCGAGGCUGGCGGCCCCCACAAGGUCGGCCCCAACCUUCACGGUCUCUUCGGCCGUAAGACUGGCUCCUCCGAGGGCUACGCCUACACCGACGCCAACAAGCAGGCCGGUGUUGAGUGGAACGAGGAUACUCUGUUCUCUUACCUCGAGAACCCCAAGAAGUUCAUCCCCGGUACCAAGAUGGCCUUCGGUGGUCUCAAGAAGACCAAGGAGCGCAACGAUCUUAUCACCUGGCUCAAGGAUAACACCGCAUAA